UAUUGAUUGAUAUAUUGAAAAGAAACUAAAGCUAAACCGGAGAAAACCGGAUCGUGUGUUGGUAUUCCCCUAAGCCAGAGUGUUUGAAAAUUGUAAUUCACAUAUAGAUCAGGUAAUUCCAAGUUUGAAACGUAAAAAGGCUGUAAUAUUAAUGAGGAAGUACACAAUAUCCAUGGAGAAAUGACAUAAGAGAAACGUUUGACAAACAGACAUGUUUGGCCAAAACAAGACUCCUUUUGGAGGGGGAACCACAAGCGGUUUUGGUGCUACCAGUACAUUCGGGAGCAGCACUCCAUUUGGCGGUGGAGCAACAACUACAUUCGGUGCAAAAACUCCUAAUGCAGGUGCAUUUGGUACACCAGGAGCUACAAGUUUUGGGGCAUCUACACCAGCUGCAGGGGGACUGUUUGGUGGGACUUCUGGGACAACUACUGGAGGAUUGUUUGGAGGCGCCACCCAGAGCACUGGAUUCGGUCAGACUGCAACAUCAAAUUCAGGAUUCACAUUUGGAGCAACUGCCAACAAUGCCACUUCUACUGGAGGAUUGUUUGCAUUUGGAGCAACUGCUAACAAUGGCACUUCUACUGGAGGAUUGUUUGGUAGUUCAACUGGGCAAACUGGCACUUUGGGGUUUUCCACCCCAGCCACGAGUUCAGCAUUUGGAGCAAAAACUCCAGGUGGCUUUGGAACUACUACCCAGACUGGUGGCCUAUUUGGUAACACCCAGACCACAACUACUGGAACAUCAUUGUUCGGAAACACAACCCAGACUGCAACUGGGGCACUCUUUGGUGGCACUGCUACAGCAGGGUUUGGUGCAGCUGCACCUGCAGGCACUACAGUGAAGUUUAACCCUGUACAGGGAAGUGACACCAUGAUGAAGGGUGGAGUGUCUACACAAAUCACAAUCAGACAUCAGUGCAUUACUGCCAUGAAGGAAUAUGAGACCAAAAGCUUGGAGGAGCUUCGUGUAGAUGACUACCUGGCUAACAGGAAGGGUCCCCAGGCAGGUGCUGCUGCUACUGGAGGGAUGUUUGGACAAACACAGGCCGCUACAGGGGGAUUCAACCUCAGUCAGCCUAAGCCUACAGGAUUUGGGGCAUCAUUUGGAACAUCAGCCACCUCCACAGCAUCAACCGGAGGUCUAUUCGGGACAACACAGCAGAGUGGGGGGCUGUUUGGAGCCCAGAAAACAGGAUUCGGGACUACAACAACGACAUCUAGUGGAGGAUUGUUUGGUGGUGGAUUUGGUAAUCCAAGUACAAGCACAGCAGCUGGAGGCUUGUUUGGGGCCACGCAGCAGGCAAAACCUGGUGGCUUAUUUGGUGCUUCAACAUCCACCCAGGCGGGCACUCUAUUUGGGGCUGGUACAAGCACACAGUCUACUGGCUUUGGGGCUACACCAGGCUUUGGUACUGCUGGGGCUACAACUGGAGGCUUCGGUGCAACUGGUUUCGGCACCAAGACAGGGUUUGGAACAUCAACCGCGACCACGACUGGUUUUGGACAGCCGCAACAGGCUGCCGCUGGAGGAUUUUUUGGCAAACCCGCUGCAACGACAGCAGCCGGGUUGACAUUUGGUGCGACUAAUACAUUUGGUAACACAUCUACCGCGGGAGGAGGUUUAUUUGGUCAGAAGCAGACGACAGGCUUCGGUACAGGAACUGCCUUUGGGACAGGAGCCUCAACUCUUGGGACGGGAUUUGGCACCGGGCUCGCUACAGGGACUACAGGGGGUCUGUUUGGUAGCCAGCAGAAAACUGCCCUUGGGGGUGGCCUGGGGACUAACUUGGGUACAGCAGGUUUUGGCAAUACUGGCUUUGGCACAGGCUUGAACACAGGUCUAACUGCAGCCAGUCAACCUACACAGUUGGGAAGUACUGAUGCACAGGCUGCUGCAGCUGCCCAGCAGACUCAACAGCAGCUGCUUGCACUGACCACUACUCCUUAUGGGGACAAUCCAUUGUUCAGGAAUAUUGCACAAACUGGGGCGAGUAGAGCUGAAGUGCUAAGGCCAACCAAUCCAGUUGCCCAGAAGGCAGCUUUAAGCAAUGGAAGCUCACAGUACAAGGUCAGCCCGCGACCCGCCUCCAAGAUUAAACCCAAGCCUUUACAUUCGCUGGCCAAUGGGAAGGCAUCACUGUUUGAUGGUCUCGAAGAAGAAGAUGCUUCAUUUGGAAAUGGAACAUUUGUUAUCCGUAAGAGCAUAAAGACACUCGUCAUCAAGAAGAACUCUCCGGGAAAUUUAUCAAGUCGGAGCUACUCUAAUGAUGACACACCACGAUCCCCACUAAACCAGAGUCAGACAUUCUCCGAGAGGAUGGCCGCGCGAGGGGAGGAGCUACAAGCCAAUCUGGAUGAUAGAGACAAUAGGGUAUCUCCUGAGAGAACAGCUCAGAGUCCUAUGGAGGCACCCACACCUGAUGUGAUUGUAGGAGGAAAGGCUAUUGGACAGGGUCUUCAAGACACCCCUACUGGAAAUAGGCCACACCUUGACAAUACAAUGAACAUCUUAAAUGCAAAGAACAACUCUGCAAUUCACUCCACCAGUGCUACCAGUCUCCCAGAGAUGGACAGUGCAGGAGAGGACAACCUUAGUGAUGAGGAGGAAGUACCUCCACACCCAGCAGGCAUUGUGCUGACCAGGCCAGACUAUUACACGAUCCCCUCCCUGCAGGAGCUGGCAAGCAUGGUCUCUGAUAAUGGCGAUUGUAUAGUUGAGGAUUUUGCUAUCGGGCGUACAGGAUAUGGCAGUGUAUAUUUCCCUGGAUACACAAAUGUAGCAAAUCUCAACCUGGAUGAGAUAGUACAUUUCCGUCGUAAGGAGGUUACAAUUUACCCAGAUGAUGACAAUAAGCCAGAUGAGGGUGAAGGCCUUAACAAGAGAGCUGAAGUAACAUUGGACUGUAUCUGGCCCAAUGAUAAAUCCACACACAAACCUAUCAAGGAUCCAAGUAGACUCAGCCUCAUGAAUUAUACAAACAAGAUCGAGCAGGCAUCUGCAAAGAUUGGAGCGAAAUUCAUCGACUACAGACCCUCGACAGGGUCCUGGGUGUUUGAGGUGAAACAUUUCUCCAAAUAUGGACUUGUGGAUGACUCUGACGAGGAGGGUGAUCAGAUUGAGAGAGACCCUAAGAAAUUGAAGCAGUUAAAAGAUGCCCAGGAGAAGAGUCUAAUAAUUCAGAAGCAGCAGAUCAGAUUUCAACAACUGCAGAGGGAGAAGCAACAGCAAAUGGAACAGCAACAAGCGCAGCAGCAGCAACAGUUCGUUGGCAUGGAUGAUAUCGAUACUGACAGCAAUGUAGCCCCCCAGCUUGUUCCUGCGUCACAGAAACAACCAAUCAGAGAGGAGGAUGAUACUGACAUGGCAGACAUUACCCAAGAACCUUUCCCAGUGGAAGAGGAAUAUUCUGGGGAGGAAGAAGAAAUGAUGGAACAGCCUGUAUCUUCUGCGUCACAGCGUCUAGCUACCAAUUUAGGUGUUAACGCUAAAAAUGUUCAAGUGAUGAAGGCCUCCUUUUUUGGUGAUGAAGAAGAAGCAUAUGGUACAGCGCUACCUAAAGCUCAUGCCAAGCCCACAAACCUAAGUCAGUCAUCUUUUCUGCCUCAGAAUGAGGCUAGCAGACGGCAAGGUCUAUUCUCAAGUGCUCUGAAGUCUCAGUUCGCAUCUCCUGUUAGAGCAAGCCCCAAGCCGAGACCUUAUCUGAACACAUCUAUAGCACAAGAUGAUGCACAGUCUCCCGCUUUAAGUCUAUUCUCCCCCAGGAUCAUUCCACCCCCAAGAAGUACUAUUCAACCAGUGAAAGAACACCCCAUUUUACCCUCGGGGAUGCCAGACCAGGCACCCAGAAAAAUAGUGGGUUCAAGGAUUCAACGUUCCUUGCCUGAUUUUGCCGAUUCAUUGCUUUAUAACAAUCAGAGUAUGGUAAUGGAUGCCGGUUGUUUUAUGGGACGGUCAUUCCGUCUUGGUUGGGGACCAUCAUGGCAUAUGGCUAACUCCGGGGAUCCAGUACUAGGAGAGAAACAAGAUUCAUCCCGGGAUGGUCCAUUCUCUAUACUGCCAGGUACAAAGUUGACCAGUCAAUCUAGAAUAGGAGGUUCUCUCUUCAGAGUAAAUGUUGAACGCUUGGAAGUAGCGUCCUAUCUACAGCGCAAUGACAGUGCAAUAGUGGGCAACUGUCAGUCAUCUCUAGAGAUUCAGCUGACACAUUCAGAGAUCUCCACUGAUGAGACUUGUCCUUUGUUUAAACCUAAGAUAGGAGUAGAGGCUCUCCAUGACUACAAUAACCUAGCAACAGAUGCCCUACACAAGCUAGACUCGCAUCCUGAUCAGGCUACUGCUAAACAUUCUAAACUGGUCUGGGGCCUUUGUAAGGCUUUGUGGGGGUCUUUGCCAGGGGAAGAUGAUGAAGACCCCAUAGAUCAGAGGAGUUAUGCGCACCAUAUGUCUAGGAGAGAGGAAUUGUCUCGCUGGUUAGCUGCAGCAGCCGGUGAACAAGUGAAGCAAGACACUCAGCAAGCACGCUUUAAAGGAUCAGACCAUCUUCCUGUUGUAUUCAGUCACUUGCUGGCAAGGCAGAUACCCGAGGCUUGCGCUCUUGCCCAGGAGUCAGGUGAUCACAGGCUAGCCCUCUUAUUGGCCCAGAGUAUGGGACCUGAAAUUCCACGUCAAAUAAUCGAGAAACAAUUGUGCAACUGGCGUGAAAUUAAGGCAGAUGAGCACAUAUCAGAGGACAGGCUGAAGAUCUACUCUUUGUUGUCUGGCCACUUAGUGUGGCACUCCACAAAGGGCACAGUGAAUGUCUGCAAUGAGACUGAUUGGAAGAGAUGUCUUGCUAUGCAUCUUUGGUACCAAUGUAGCCCUACUGCUGGCAUCGCAGAUGCCCUGCGUCAAUAUGACGAAGCAUACCAAGGUCAGACUGCACUCGGAGACUAUGCCGCACCUCCCUUACCCCCCUACCUGGAGGACUCUGAUGCCAUGGAAAUAGAGAAUGAUAAAGAUCGAGAAAUCAGGGACACAUGCUACCAUCUAUUGAAGCUCUACAGUGACAGAUCUCACCCCCUUGAGGAGAUCUUGGCACCCACAACUUCAACCCCCAAUCAACUUGAUUACAGGCUCAGCUGGCAUCUCCACCAAGUGUUACGUUCACUUGAGUAUAGUCAUGUGUCUGACUACCAUGCUAGCUCUCUAUCUGCCAACUUUGCUGCACAGUUGGAGUCACUGGGUCUCUGGCAAUGGGCAAUCUUUGUCCUGCUGCACAUCAAACAUGAAAAAAGUCGGGCAAGUGCCGUGAAGGAUUGUUUACGACGUCACAUCACAUUGUCUAAAUCUGAAGAGGAUCUUGAAACAGAGGAGUUCAUUACCCAGAAGCUGCACAUUCCUAUGACUUGGAUACAUGAGGCCAAGGCCCAGAAGGCACGCAGUGAGGGACGUUUCCAUGAUGAGGCUUGGCACCUAUUGAAGGCAGGAUUUUGGAACGAUAGUCAUAGAAUCAUACUAAGGCACAUAGCGUCCGAGGCAAUCAUAAAUGAGAACGAAGACUAUUUGAGGCAAUUCCUCGAUGAGAUAGCCAGGCCAGAGAGAAGUUCAACAGUUCACGACUGGAACAUUGGAGGAAGAGUAUUCCUUGACUACAUCAAUCUUAAUGCUGCCUUGGAAGAGCUGAAAAAGGGUCAACCAAGUGCUUAUGACAUAGAACGACUCCAACCAGAAGUAACAUCAUUGUGCAAUCGUGUUGGUAACCUGGCGUGUCACAAUGCACAUGACCGACUCUGCCAAUCAGAAAUGGCCAAGAAGACAGCUGUGUUACUAAGGACACUGCUUACACUACAAGGGGUCGCAGUGAAAGGCACAAACAUUGUACCAACCAAGCUUUUGGCUCCUCAAGUUGGUAAGCUACCAAUGCCUGAAGAUUAUGCACUCCAAGAGCUCAGAGAACUGACUCGCAGUUACAUGCUAGAGCUGACAGCAUAGACCUGGCA